AUAUUUCAAAUGUUCUGAUUCAGAGCCAUCCCGACUUGUGCCGUGUCUGGCUCCCUGUAAAGGAUAAAGCGGUUUUGAUAAUGAAUGAAUGAAAGAAUGAUUCAGAGCCCCCUUCAGUUCCUGUUUGGUAACAACAACAAUGCUUGAUCCUUAGUACCGUACUAAAGCUGGGGAUCAGCUAGUCUCCAACUUUGUUCCUCUUGUUUUUUCGAUGCAAUUGGUACUUAGUACGCAGCUGGGGAUGAUCCCGAGAUAGUACCGUACUAGCUAGUACGCAACUUAGUACGCAGCUCCUCUGAGUUUAAGUUUUUACCAUCCAAGCUGACGAGAUAAACAGACAGUCCUUGUUUCAUCCCCUGCUGUGUUGGCACCGAACCCUGCUGGAAAAAAAAGGGACGUGAAGGACUGCUGUGCUAUGGCUAACACGAACCGGGAGCUGUCGCUACAGGCCAGCAUCAAGCCCGGACUACACUUCACUACUGUCACUAUACUUGCCUUGCACCGCACCUGCAUUAAGAGCACUCACUAUCAGGAGAUGUGAUCGUGUCUAUGUUGUGUGUUGUUCUUGGUAUUAUUAUUUCGUGACUGAACCCCUUGGUUUAUAUGCUGGCAAUACACAUCGUUGUGUAGAGCCAGUAUUAUUAUUUAACCGGUUGUAAACCGGGAAAACAGAAAAUAAAGAACUGUUUUGAACCGUGAACUUUGUGUCUGUCGCUGCUGGAGCACCUGCAUCACCUGCGCACUGCAAACCACUCGAUCACAGUCUGUUUAUGAUCUUAAUGGUGGCGUAUAUAAAUAUUGCCACAUUAUGGACCACGAUUUCUGCACAGAAUCUGUAAAAAUAUGAACAAAUUCAUGAAAGGUCCUAUUAAGGAUUUAACUGACAGCACUAUUUAGAUUAAUUUAAAGCAAGUGGAUAGGCCCCAGUGGGCUCCAUUCAUUGAAAUACAGGCCCUCUUCAGAGAGAAAGGUCUUGAUUCCUCAGUGUACACAUGACACUUCAUUUGUCUGCAGUAACGUGCUUUCCAUUGUCCAUUUUAUGCCGUUUUCAGCAAACUGAACAGAGCUGCCAGCCUUGUCAAAUCCACAUGUUCCCACAUGACUGGUCUAAACGGGGACCACUGACUGUAAACAAUAUUCUGCUCCCUGGAACUUCAUGAAUUAUCCUAUUGUGCAUUUUAGAGACGUGGUGGUAAAUUAUCAUUUCAUGUUUUGAUGAAGGCAAUGAGAAAUGGGGUCCUCCAGAAGACAGUUUCUCACCAAUUUAGCAAGAAAGAAAGGCUUCAAAGUAGAAGAUAUAAUAAGUGAUGCUGUCACCCAUAUUGUGGCAGAGGAGAAUCCCCCUGAUUGGAAGUAGCUUCACAAUAAGAACCUGGGGGAUCUUCCUGGUGUUGAAGUUUUGGACAUAUCCUGGUUUACUGAGAGCAUAACAGCAGGGAAACCUGUAACUGUAGAAGACAGACAUCGCAUUGGGGUAAGUGCCAGUCCUGUUUAUAAAGCUAUCCAGUGGUUGACAGCUUCCCAGUGCCUCAUGGGAACAGUUUCUCAAUAUGCAUGUCAGAGGAGGACAACAUUGAAGAACUACAACAAAAUAUUUACGGAUGCAUUUGAGAUUCUGUCUGAAAAUUACGAGUUCAUUGAGAGUGAAGGACCUUGUCUGGCCUUUAUGAGGGCAACCUCAGUGCUGAAAUCCCUUCCUCACGCUAUCCACUGCUUGCAAGACCUAGGUGGCCUACCCUGUCUGGGAGACCAAACAAAAGCUGUCAUUGAGUUGUUUACAAGUGUCUUUGGGGUGGGACUGAAGACUGCUGAGAAAUGGUACAGGAGAAGUUUCCAGUGCCUUGAAGAAGUCAAAGCAGACAACACUAUUAAUUUUAUAAAGAUGCAGAAAGCAGAUUUCCUGUAUUACAAUGAUAUUUCAAGGGUAGUCAGCCAGGAUGAGGCCAAUGCAUUUGGUCAGAUUGUGGAGGACACGGUUCCUCUGCUUGUGCCUGAUGCAUUGGUUGUAGUAACUAGUGGUUUCAGAAGGAGGAAGGAGUUUGGCCAUGAUGUGGAUUUUUUGAUUACCACUCCAGAGACAGAGAAGGAAGGCUCGGACUGCAUAGAAUAUGAACACUUUAGCUUCACACAGGAUUCCUCACCCAUUUACAAGAACAUGAAUACCUGUACAAUUCACAGGGCGGGAGCCAGGCUACCUGUAGAGAUGUCGCCUGACUUCUCCAAGAGCCGCCCACCAUUAGGACCAAGCCCUUGGCAGGACGAGGUCCGGGUCGUGAACCGCCAAUGGACCUCACUGCAACGAUACGCUGACCCACUGAAGAAGAUGAAGAUGGAGAUCCCGGGGAAACAGAGGGGGAAGGGGAGGCAAAGAAGGAGACCGUCAGAAACAUGUACAAUGCUUAUCUCUGACUCUCACGUAUCUCCCUCUCUCCGGUUCUGGAACCCAACUGUUGCACCCUGGACUGGAUCACUGGGCUUCGACCCCCAAUGGUGGAAAGAUAUGCAUCACCCUGAAAUGGACCCCAGGACCUCGAUCUCCAACGUGGAACCACAAUUUGAACAAGACUUAAGACGAUAUGCCCAUCAUGAGAAGAAGAUGAUCCUGGAUGACCAUGCCCUUUAUGACAAGACUAAGACUUCCUGUAACACAAUCUGGAGCUGUAGCAGAAGCCAGCAUAAACCCGGACAUCACUUUCACCCCUGCAUUUCACAGAGAACUUUAAUACACCACUUGCACUUAUUUCAAUCACUAAGAACUGUGUUUGUGUUUUGUGUUUAGUGUUGGUGUGUAAAACCGGACUUUUUGGUUGCGGGUCAAACCCGGGGAUUUACAAAUACCGAGUGAUACACGCCGCUGUAU